AUGCCUAAAAAGUCUAUUGAAGAAUGGGAAGGUGAUGCUAUCGAAUCGGUCCCUUAUUUGGCAAGUGAUGAAAAGGGUUCAAAUUAUAAGGAGGCCACACAAAUCCCAUUAGAUCCAAAACAAAUUGAAAUUGAAAAUCAUCCAACAGUAAAACCAUGGGUACAUUUUGUUGCUGGCGGUAUUGGGGGCAUGGCAGGUGCUGUGGUUACUUGCCCCUUUGAUUUGGUGAAAACUCGACUACAAAGUGAUAUAUUUCUGAAUGUGUACAAGUCGCAGGCCGCCAAUAUAAGUAAAGUGUCUACUCGUCCGAAAAGUAUCAAUUAUGUUAUUCAAGCUGGGACUCACUUCAAAGAAACACUGGGAAUCAUUGGCAAUGUGUACAAACAGGAAGGUUUCAGGAGCUUGUUCAAAGGUUUGGGUCCUAAUUUGGUUGGGGUUAUUCCAGCGAGAAGUAUCAAUUUCUUUACUUACGGUACUACCAAAGAUAUGUACGCCAAAGCGUUCAAUAAUGGUCAAGAGACUCCUAUGGUUCAUCUCAUGGCUGCUGCAACAGCGGGUUGGGCAACGGCAACGGCAACCAAUCCUAUUUGGUUGAUUAAGACUAGAGUACAGCUUGAUAAAGCCGGAAAAUCAUCAGUUAGACAUUACAAAAACUCCUGGGAUUGUUUGAAGAGUGUUCUCAAAAAUGAAGGUAUCACUGGUUUGUACAAAGGUUUAAGUGCUUCGUAUUUGGGAUCUGUUGAAGGUAUCCUCCAAUGGCUGUUAUAUGAACAAAUGAAGCACAUAAUAAAACAAAGAUCUAUUGAAAAAUUCGGAUAUCAAUCUGAAGGUGCAAAAAGCAGAUCUGAGAAAAUUAAGGAAUGGUGCCAAAGAUCAGGAAGUGCUGGUCUUGCAAAGUUUGUAGCCAGUAUAGCUACGUACCCACAUGAAGUUGUAAGGACAAGAUUAAGGCAAACACCUAAGGAGAAUGGUAAACGGAAGUAUACAGGUCUAAUACAAAGUUUCAAAAUCAUAAUCAAAGAGGAGGGCCUAUUUUCAAUGUACAGUGGGUUGACCCCACAUUUAAUGAGAACAGUUCCCAACAGUAUAAUAAUGUUUGGCACAUGGGAGAUUGUUAUACGGUUAUUGUCAUGA